AUGGACAACACAGUCACGUCCCCUCAGUCCGAUGUCCCUGUGACACCCUCCAUUGACUCCUUUGCGGCCCUGCCGCCGCAACCCUCCCGAGCGACCUCGUCAGGAUCAUUUGAUAGUCACCCACGACACCGCCAGCGAAAUCCCCGAGCUCGGCGUCCAGUGAAGGAAACGCUGGACGCCCGGUCUGAAUAUACCACCAGUCAAGAUGACGGCACAGCCGAGCACCGGAUCAAUCAGUAUCUGAUCAAGCAAGAAAUCGGGCGUGGAUCUUUCGGCGCAGUACACUUGGCUGCCGAUCAGUUUGGCAAUGAAUAUGCCGUGAAAGAAUUCUCCAAGGCGCGGCUUCGAAAGCGCGCACAAUCACAUCUUCUUCGACGUCCGCGUGGACCGCGACGACCGGGAAUGGGAUUCAAUUCGCCUUUGCACCGCAAUCCGUCGCAAGACGAUGCCGAAUCCGCCAAGAACCCCUUGUACCUGAUCCAGGAAGAAAUCGCAAUCAUGAAGAAAUUGAACCACACCAAUCUAGUCUCCUUGAUCGAGGUGUUGGAUGAUCCAACGGAAGAUUCAUUAUACAUGGUCAUGGAGAUGUGCAAGAAAGGAGUGGUCAUGAAGGUGGGCUUGGAAGAGCGAGCAGACCCUUAUGAUGACGAGCAAUGUCGGACUUGGUUUCGGGACCUCAUUUUGGGCAUUGAAUAUUUGCAUGCGCAAGGAAUUGUCCACCGAGACAUCAAGCCUGACAACUGUUUGGUGACCAGCGACGACGUGCUCAAAGUGGUUGAUUUUGGUGUUUCUGAGAUGUUUGAAAAGGAUUCGGAUAUGUUCACUGCCAAAUCGGCCGGAUCUCCAGCAUUUCUUCCACCUGAACUGUGCGUGGUCAAGCACGGCGAUGUCUCUGGCAAAGCGGCGGACAUUUGGUCGAUGGGUGUGACGCUAUAUUGUCUCCGCUACGGUCGGCUCCCGUUCGAACGGCAAAGUAUAUUCGAAUUAUACGAAAGCAUUCGGAAUGACCCAGUCAAUUUCGAGGAUGAGCAAGACGAGAAUUUUAAGGAUAUGAUGACUCAGAUUCUGGAAAAGGAUCCCGCGAAGAGAAUCAAGAUGCGUGAUUUGAGGGAACAUCCCUGGGUUACUGCCAACGGAGCUGAUCCCCUCCUCUCGUACGAGGAGAACACGGCACAGCUUGUCGAGCCACCUACAGAGGAGGAGAUGAACCAAGCAAUCACCAGAAACAUAGGGCACAUUCUCACCUUGAUGAGAGCCGUCAAGAAUUUCAAGCGCAUCAUGGAUCCGGGCAAGGCCGAAUCGGUCCUGCAAAGUAUUCUAGGCAACGAACAUGAUGCCCACUUUGUAACACCGCCCAUGGAAAUGGACGAUAAUGACGAAUUCCCAGCUGUGGGGUUAAGUCCAAGGGCAGACCAUGAUCGUCUUGCACUCGCUGAAAAAAUCAAAGACGACAUUCAAAAGCGCCCGAUUCUGGCAGGACCACAAGGCGGACGCCAAUUAAGCGCAGAUGCACCCGCCAGCACUCUGUUGAACACCGUCUCUAGUGCAGAGCGGAUUGAUUUGAGCGGUCAACAGCCAGAUCACUCAAUCGACACACCUGAACGGAAAGCCUCCGGGUCAAUACGAAGGGGCAGAUUAGCUGGACAAGAAGAGACCCCGGGAGCUCAUUCGCAAUCAGCUUCUCCUCGGCCGGAGUUGUCCCGGCCCAGCUCUGCUACCACGAAACGGAGUGUUGAAGGAACACGAGGUCAUGCGCGUGAUCCCUUGGAAGAAGAAUUCCCCUACCUUUUCAUCGGGCCCUCGACUUAUUCUGGCACAUCACCGCAAGAACCCAGCAAAUUCAAUAUUGGCAGUGAUACCGUGCCUAUCUCUGCCAGGCUGGACGACGUCGAUGAGGGACUGGACCCAGCAUUGCAAGCAGCCGAGUCGGAAGAGCCCGUGCCGAUAGUCAGCGAAUCCCCCGGUGCAGCCGAAUUUGAUAUCUACGAGACAGCCUAUCGAAAGGAGCUUGAGCGCAUCCGAUCGAAUACCUCCAUCUUGCCUGACGCGGGCGUCAGUCCCAAGGUGUAUCUCACCCGGCGGGUGGAAGGUAAGCACGAGGUGAUGGAAUUCAUCAAGGAUAAAGUCAUCGAUCUGCAAAUGGGCAGUCGAAAGGCUCUUGCCUCGGGUGGGAGGUCCGCCUCGGCCUUUGGAGCCGCGGUGAGUCUUUUGCGCAACCAGAUCGAGCAGAAGAAGGAAGCUGAGAGGCGAGCUGACCAACCGGCCUCUCCCCGAGAGCGUCGACCUUCGCAUCCACCGUCGUCAUCUCUGACGGCACAAUCUAUUCCUGGUCCGGAAGCCUCAUCCCUCGAGGCGAAGGGUGUUCCGGCCACGGAUUCGAGCACAGAGCCUGAAAGCGCACCGACGCAACUCCGCCGGCUCUUGGAUCGGGUUCGUGAGAAGACGCUUGAAUAA